CAAAAGGCGAGACAGUCCGCCUCUCUGAUUGAACCCGAGUGAGCAGGGCCGGGGCAGGGCUGCAGAAAAAUAAUUACAGGACAUUCAAAUGUGAAAAAUAAACUGGAUUUGCUUGUCGUCAGCACUCGGUGAAGUUAUUAAUGGUCUGCUCUGCUGGGACGUUUGCAAUAUUCACACGUAGCCUAAAGGAUGUCCCAGUACACAGACGAGCCGCGCUUCACCAUCGAGCAGAUCGAUCUGCUUCAACGGCUGCGACGGAGCGGCAUGACCAAGCCCGAGAUAGUCCAUGCACUGGACACACUGGAGCGUCUUGACCGAGAGCAUGGAGACAAGUUUGGGCGUCGUGGCUCCGCCUCCUCCUCCUGUGGCCCUGCUCCAUCUGUAUCUGACCCCACCCCGUCACAUGGCACCAGUGAAAGUUCCACCUCCCACAUGGCCAUCGUUACUGCCACCACCUCCACGCAAACUCAGUUCCUCUCCCCGUCACCAAGCAACAGCUACGCCACCUCACCACCCGUCUCACUGGUUGCGGUGACGCAAAAUGGGACGGCCAAUGGGAAACUGUCUCCACCCCGUUAUCCAACAGGAAACGCGGCGGCGGCUGUGGCGGUGAGGCCGUACGGGUUUGAUGGGACAGAGGAAGAGAUGGACGUUGACGACAAGGUGGAGGAUCUAAUGAGGAGGGACAGCAGUUUGGUGAAAGAGGAGAUCAAGGCUUUUCUGGCUAAUCGGCGCAUCUCUCAGGCAGUGGUGGCUCAGGUCACAGGAAUCAGUCAGAGUCGGAUCUCUCACUGGCUCCUGCAGCAGGGAUCCGAUCUGAGUGAGCAGAAGAAGAGAGCGUUCUAUCGCUGGUACCAGCUGGAAAAGACUACUCCAGGUGCUACUUUGAACAUGCGUCCCGCCCCAUUGGCCCUGGAUGAAAUUGAGUGGCGUCAGACUCCGCCCCCAAUAAGUUCAGCCACGGGCAGCUUCCGCCUGCGCAGAGGCAGCCGCUUUACCUGGAGGAAAGAGUGUCUCGCCGUGAUGGAAAGCUACUUCAAUGACAACCAGUAUCCAGACGAAGCCAAAAGAGAGGAGAUUGCCAACGCCUGCAACGCUGUCAUACAAAAGCCAGGUAGACAAAGGAAAAAGCUGUCUGAUUUUGAGCGAGUGACAUCCUUGAAGGUCUACAACUGGUUUGCUAACCGUCGCAAAGAGAUCAAGAGGAGGGCCAACAUUGGGUCUUUUUUCCAAGAAGCCACAAUCCUGGAGAGUCAUGGAAUUGACGUGCAGAGCCCCGGUGGCCACUCCAACAGUGACGACAUCGAUGGCAAUGACUACACAGAGCAGGGUUGUGAUCUGCCCUACUUUGAGAAGAGACAGUUGGCCCGGCCGUUUGGCUUCUACAGGCUUGAGCCAACAUCGCCAACCCAGGACGACAGUACUAACCAUGCAGACCAUCAGGAUCCCAUCUCCCUCGCUGUGGAGAUGGCAGCUGUCAAUCACAGCAUCUUGGCCCUGUCUCGCCCAGGAGGCGUGGCCAGCGAUAUCAAAACAGAGGCGUUGGAUGACGACUGAGGAGUGCGUGCUGGAUGGCGUGUGUGUGUGUGUGUGUGUGUGUGUGUGUGUGUGUGUGCGCGUGUGCGGAGAAAUGGAAGUGUGCUGUUUUGUUUUUAGAGCUGAGGUUCUGCUGCCCAUGCUGCUCAGACGUGGGUCACUCUCUUCCUCUGCAUCCUCUCAUUACACUGUAUCUGAAAAUGGCCAUGUAGUCCAGGUUCUCUUCCUCAGCCUGGGACUGUGUUAAAACAAAUCAAAACAAAAAUGCGAAGGUCCUCGUGUUUUCUGGAAUCUUCCACAGUGUGGGGCCACCACCUCCGGUCCUUCCUUUAACCUGACCCCAACCUUUACCUCAUUCCACUCCAGGAGCGUGUUGUGCUUUUUGCGUUUUGUCCCUCAUGGGUGCUUCCUGGAAGUGGCGUCAUCUUUUCCGCCGACGUGCAGGAGCUUUUUUGCGGACAUUUCACGUCGGCGUGUACAUGUGGGAGUGUGUGAAGCUUUUUAGGUGAAACCGAAGUGUGCGCUGCACUGCUUCAUGGUUGUGUACCAGACUUCUGCAUUGACUGACAACUCUGUGUAUUUAGGCGCUUGAACACUUUUUAUUACCUUCUAAAUUUGGCUUAUUAUUAUAAUUAUUUUUAUUAUUUUAGAAUUUAUUUCAGUUCAUUGUUCAAACAGCAAUCGGUUUAUUACUUUUUUUUUUUUUUUUUUUUAAAAAAUAACGGGAAGAUUUGAACUGAAAUAUAAUCUAGCAAACGUGAAACUAAUAAGAUGUGGUUUUAUAUAUGCCAAAGGAUGGAAACUUAAGAGUCCCUUGGACUAUAAAGCAAUGAUCAGCUAAAAGCCUCUAAACACAAAAUUACUGUUUUUUCUGGACUACAAGGUGAAUAAGUUUUCAGUAGAGGGUUUCCCAAUAGUGUGCGUUCCUAGAUGAAAACUGACUGUUAUUUUUCCUUACACAUACAGAAUUCAUCACUGGUCUAUUGUGUUUUAUGAAAUGCUGAAAAAAUGAAAUUGUUAAUCGUCUGCUUCACUUCACAUGAAAACCGAUCGAGUUGAUUAGGUACCUCAGACUGUCACCCAAAGCUGGAGCCAUCAUGCGCUCCAAUGUGACCUCCAGUCCAGAAAAUACCGUAAAGGUGUUUCUAAUUUAAUUACUUAAUUGAUCAGCUUCACCCAAAGUGGAUUGGAGUAAAUCCUUUCUUUUUUUUUUUCUUUUUUUUUAGUAUUUAUUUUUACUUUUUUCUGUGUUCAUAUCCAGAGAUUUCUGAGUAAUAAGCUAAAUCUGUCAUGGCCUAAACAUGUAAGUUCUGUAAGUUCUUGUGCAAUGACUGCAGUAGAUCUGAUAUGAGAGAGAAGACUGAGUGCUCUUAUCUUAACCCUAAACCUCAUAAUCUGGCCAGUGCAUCAUGAUUUCUUGAUGCUGUUUGAUUUCGUAACGGUUUUGCAGUGUACAGAAAAGCUAAUAUGUUUCUGUUCUGCCACUUCAGGACUUCUGCUGUAGGCAUGUGCCGAUUAAUCAGAUUGACGGUCGGAUAAAACUCAACGUUUUAAACUAUUACAUAAGUAACUUUUUUCCCUUCUUCCUUAAGAACAGCAUUAUUCCAGUCCUUAUUGUGUCUGAGACCUUCUUUCUGAAGGAAAUCAAUGAUUCUGUUCCUGGGCCAAGAUUUCAUAUUCUGUUUAAAAUGCUCUUAUUGUCUUUCCUUUUAGACACAAUUUUAGUCUUUCCAUUACUGUAGUAGCUCAGUUGGUGUUUGUUAGGAGACCCCUUGAAGGGGUGAGGGAUUCAGUCAGCAUGGAUCUAGGCUUUAGGAGCAGAAUCAGCCCAGACAUCAUUGCAGUCUGUUGCAGUAUUAUUGUAGAGUUCACAAAAAAAAAAAAAAAAAAAAGAAAGUCGACAAAAUCUUUAUGCCAGAUCAAAUUGACAUAUUCAUUAUAAAUAAUAUUUUUAAAAAAAUCUAAUAUUUGACAAGGCUUAAUGCCAUUAAACUUGUAUGCAAAUGACUAAGAAUGAUAUUUCAUGUAAGGAUGUGCUUACUUUCCAAGGGCAAGUGUGUUCCUAGUUUAAAAUACCCUCAUUGUCAUUUCCUUCCUCAGCAAGUGGCUUUUAAUAUAAUGCUCUCUACCCACUUUUAACACUGAUAAUCGGGUACCUGAUGCUAACAUCCUCACAGAUACUGAGCAUCUCUCCGCAGGCUUCAUUUUGCAAAGCCUCAGAAUCAAGACAGCGGUGUGCAUUAAAAACGUAUGCCGGUUUUCAUCCUGUGUUCACAUUCACAAUUCCGAUUCAGUGUUUCAGGGCAGUAUUGACCUCAAUACUGAUGCUCCGUAUCGGAUCCAUACAUCACUAGCAGGCUGUCUCACACAAAAUCAGAAUCGGCACAUGCCUAGUCUGCUGUCGAAUAACGCAGGCUCGGUACACUUUCCAAUAUGUAGCUAUUUUACUCAAACAAAAAAUAUAUAUAUAUAGAAAAUAUAAACCUUGUUAUAUUCAGUAUGAUUUCCUGAUUUGUUUUUUUUUUUUCUCUUUCCCAGUGUAAAAAAAAAAAAAAAAGCUAUGUGAUAUUUAUGAAAUGCAGAAUUAACUAAUCAAGGGUUCUUCUAUGUCGUAUAUCUUUUUUUUUUUUUUUUUUUUUUUUUUUUAAAAAUAGCAGUCUUUCUGUGUGUCAAAUAUUUUCAAGCAUAUUUUGAAACAGAAAACAGAGCACCCCCUAUCGAAAGUAUAAGCAGUUCUUAAAGCCACAUGAGCUGUCAGGAUCCGUCAACUGAAGCAGUGUUGCUUGAGGAUGCUGUUGGAAAAAUUAUUCUUAUUUAUGCUUUUAGCAUUUUAACUGAGCAGUAAAGGCUCAGGAUUCAAAAACUAGCUCAACCUACUGCUUACUAGCAGGUCACCUUUUCCACUGCGCUACGCACAGGAGAGGUUUUUUUGUUACUGAAAUGUUUUCCCAGAAGCAGAAAAAAAAGUCUUUGUGAAAUGAGUUUUCCGAAAUCCUAGUUAGCAUGUUAUUCCUCCUCGCUUGCUUUAUAACUUCAAUAAAUACGCCAAUUUAAAAGUUAGCACUGAACGAUGGAAAGUAACAAGCUAACUGCUUUAGCAUGUGAUUUUUGCUGAUCUACCUUUUCUUUAAUAACUGAUCGAAUAAAUACCUUCAGUCCUUUUUUUUUGUAUUCGUAUCAGCAAGAUUAGUAAACAGAAUCAAAAUUUCUCUUGUUAACUAGAUACCAAUGACUAAAUGUCACUGAAUUCUUACACAUUGCUAAGCUUAGUCUUAGCUUUAUAUUCCCUCUGUAGCUAGCAAGAUCUUAACAACUGUGUGUUUUAUCUCUCGCUCCAUAGCAAUGCUUUGAAAGCUUUUAAACAGGGCAGGACUAGGCUAAGGUUAGCUAGCUAGUCUUUGAUUCAUUUUAUCUAGUUGGACUAAAGUGUUUCAGCUUAACCCAGUAUCUUAAAUAGAUACUUGGCCGACGUUGGCUAAAGCAAAUAGCACUGAUGUAACUAGUUUUGUUUCUUCUCUGAGAAAACAGUUUAGUAACUAAAAGCUACUGCUAACGGUGACUUGGCUCAUUGCUAUUGCAGUAUAACUCACAUGCACGUACUUGUGUGCUGAAAAACAGCACUUGUGAUGUUGCAACUUCACACACACAAACACUGUGCCAAACUGUAAUAUCAUAGUGACUGGGCUUUAUAAGCCAUAUAUAUGGAAGACAUAGUUCUCAGCUGCAACACACACUAGUAUUAUAUUCCGAUAUUUAGCCAAAACCCUGAGUCUUUAAGCGCAAGCCUUCUAUAAUAAAAAGAAUGAAAAAGGGGGGUGCUUUGUAUUCCAGUCUUCAGGGUUCACAUUCAUCUGUCCAUAAACAUCUCCUCUCCGUAUAGUUUAUAUUGACAGUUCAAUAACGAUGUAUCGUAAAGAAUACACUAUAAUAAAACUAUAAAUAAACUGUUAAAAGUAAAUGUAUUGAUUUUAAGUAAGUUGGAUCUCAAUCAUUCUGUCCCAUUUAAGACUUUAGUGCCUUUUUUGGACAGUAGACUGUUCUGUAAUUAAACUGUAGUAUAUAUUAGCAUUUUUUGUACAGUUUCUUUGUUUAAGAUGACUUUUUUUAAAACUUGUGUUUAUUUUAGUAUUGUAUCUACUAGAGAAUAAAGGUAUAUUGAUGAACACAA